AUGUUGAAGUUCCUGUCGAGAGUGAGAUUCGAGUUCAACGCACUGGAUCCGCGGACGGCGUGCUGCAUGGAAUUCUUGGCGCAGUGCAACGCCGCCAGGCACAAGGAGCUCAAUCCGGGGUGUCAGGUCGUGGUGAAGCGGCGCACCGACGACCACCCUCCUCAGAUCACCAUCACCUACGUCAACGGCACCGAGGAGGUCGUCGACGCGACAUCCACCACCGCCCAGGCCCUCCGCGAGCGGGUGAUCGAGAAGGGACAGAUGCUCUCCACGGAGCAGAUGUUCCGCGAGGCCGGAGAGCGCUGGCCCGUCGUCAUCCCCGAAGAAGAGCUCCACAUGACCUUCCCCGGCACCAAGGUGACCCCCCUAAUCGCAGUUGAUUCUCCUGCUUCUCCUUCUGGCUGGCCGAUCCAUCUCUCAUUCCGCCCCUUUUUUUGCCUCGUUUCGCCGUCUUUCUCUUUCUAGGCAUUUGAUCGAGCAGUUGAUGUGGAUGUAAGGUGAGAUGGGAGACACCUCUUUGGAUGCCGUGUUCUUCUUCGCCGAGGAUGUUGUUAACAUGGCCGGGGCAACUAGGGUUAUUUCGGCCUUCACAUGCUUAAAACUUUCUGUUCUUUUACAGCUCUGCCCAUCUGUAGAGUAAUGGAACCGUGCCUGGUGACCCUUCUCGUGUUCCUUUUCUUGUUGGUUACAUGUUAUCCAUGACUUGGUCCUUGAUCCUGGAUUAGUUAGGCAAGAGCGGCGUAGUGAGCUAGAGAGAGGGAGAGAGAGAGAGAAGCAGACGAAAUCCCUAUUAAGAUUCGGGCACUCAUAUCUGGAUAA